CACCAUUUAAGAAAUCAUACGACAAUCAAUGAUUGCCUAUUCUGUUCCCUUACUGCCAUCCUCGAUUCUAUUCGUUGAGCGUUUUUGAGUUGCUAGCCUACACUUGUCACUCUGUCACAAAUGCCACGGGACGCCCGAUGACAGGAGUGUCCCUUUACAAAUUCUGACAUGUGAACAUAACCCCGCCGACAACCGCUUUGUCGCUCUUCGAAACGCCUUCGCCUCUUGUCAAGCACAAGCCGCAACUCCACGGCACGGGCUAUCUCAGUGUCCUUUUUCUGUUCCUUUUUACCUUCCGCUGUUUUCUUAGCUGCGGCCAAACGUAAUUAGAACGGUGCUCCUCUGCCAUCACAAGGACAUGUUGGCCCGAGGCGGAAACGAUGCCCAGAGUACGAACCAGUUCGCCACCACUUCAGGCGUCCCCAGUCACGCUCACCACCCUGCUCUCGUCGCUCCACAGAGAAUAAUCCCUUCGCAGCAAAUGUCGUGGGUAAAUUGGGAUCCAAUUGGCUCUGCUCGCGGCAUGAGUAUGCAUAGUAUAGCCUCUGAUGAGAGCGAACAAGCCAGGCUCAAUACUCGAGGCAUGGGCAAGAGAAACCCCUCUCCCACCAACGGCCGACGAAAAGCGGAUGAGUCCACGGUCCAGGCUCCCACUAAUAAGAAAUCCAAGGCCAAUGCCAAUGCCGCUGCUACCAACAGUGACAUGGAUUUAUCGGAUGAAGGGUCCACGAUGAGACUGGAGGAAAGCGUGUCCAUGGCAAAGAUGACAAAUGAAGAGAACCGAAAGAACUUUCUCGAGCGCAAUCGCGUCGCUGCCUACAAGUGUCGUCUCAGGAGGAAGCAAUGGCUUACCCAGCUACAGACCAAGGUUGAGUUGUUCACUACGGAGAACAAUACCUUGAUGGCGCAAAUAGCCCAUCUCAGAGAAGAGACCGUCAACCUGAAGACACUCCUUCUUGCCCACAAGGACUGUCCAGUUGCUUAUCGGCAGCAACUAUAUAGUGCUUCUAUGUCGCAGGUUAUUAAGCCCUAUAGUUUAUGACUCAACUCUUGUAAUAUAGUUAGAUAUAUGCUGAAUUAGGUUGUAGCUAGUUAGGAUGGCGGCGGUAUUUCUUAUAGUGUAAGACAUACAGGAGGGUGCGUAUCGACUGGACUG